AUUCUCACUCUACGGAAAAGCAGUUACUUUAGUAUAUAUUAUACACCUUUGCCCUGGUGCUCGUUCUCAACUUAGUGAAACGGCUACCUUAGCCUUUGAGGUUACUACUCAGAGCACGCUAGACAUGAUACAAUGGCGACCACUGAUAAUGCUCGCUGCUGGAAUAGCAUUUAUGCUAAUUACUGCUUUAUCGCAAGACCCACAGAAUAAAAGCCCGAAAAUGAUUAAAUGUACACAAGAAAUUAUAUUUACUAAUAGUGCACCCGAUGGAAUAUUUCUAGUCGUCUUAGACGAUUGGGUGUAUUUAACUGCAAUAUGGAAGGAGCACGAAGAGGCAGGGACUGGAGAGAUCAAAGGUCUCAUUAAACAAUAUAGAAGACCCCUUCAGUCUGUUAUAUCGCUGAGACAUCCUUCUGCAAACGCAAGCAAGUCAUGGCAAUUAAUUUAUGUCCAUCAAUUGAAAGGACCGAUUGCCCACUUAUCGAAAUAUUGUUAUGCCAAUGUGACUAUUCAUUCAGCAGCUGCGAAUGUUGCAGAAUAUGAUUCCAUAGCAAUGCUGUAUUAUACACAAGAAGACGAGGAGUUGAGAUAUACAGUGAGAUUAUAUCGUAUUGGAAUAUUUAGGGAAGCCGAUCAAGCUACAGUUGGUGGAUGUAAAAGCCAUACAAAUAGUCCAUGUCAAAGUACUCCAUCAUUUCGAUUCCAAGACAUUACUCUACCAGGGACAAUGCCAAUUAAAGCAUUUUACGUGGACAACAGUAUGAUACUUUAUUCAAGGCAAGUGAUAUUGCAUUUUGAUAAAUACAAGUUUCGGAUGAUAAAAAUGCCAAAAGACAUACUGAACGACGAUGAGAAUCGCGUCGUAAUGAUAGAGUCGAGUGAGCCCGGAGUAUUACAAAGACUCAGUCAGAUGGAUUUGAUGAAUAAGACAACAACCACACUGAGAACGUUGCACAUAUCUACCCCAGGUGCCAUUCGUGUACUGUACGCAGAGGCUACUGGGAACGAAAGAGCGUGGAGCUACUCAGUGGUUACAUAUGACAAUGCAUCAUUUACUGGUAAUAAAUGGCGACGAAAAUUAAUAAUAUACGUAAGUGAUCACUAUUCAUCUUCCAAUACCUGGGAAGAUCACCAAAGAAGUGAAGAAAUCGAUGACAUGGACAUUCAUACGCAAGUUACACAUUUAGAAAGACCUAUGCUGCAGCCCAUAGUUGCGACGGCGCAGAACGCAACUACUAUCGCGAUCCCAUUAAGUGACAGCCUCAAAAGUUACGAUUUUAUACUACAUCUUAAGCCAGAACAGUACAAGGUACGUGAGAUUCGUAUCUCACUUCACGGAGACCGGAAUCCAUUUUUUAUUGGUGCAGAAAUCAACGCGGCUGCUAACCAAAUGGCUCUUGUCACAAAGGAUAAUUAUAUUCUGAUUUUCAAGCGCGGAAUAGCUGAAGUCGGGUCAGGAUCCCCUCAGAACCGACAACCAGUAAACCCAUCCAAAGUAGAAUCUGAAGAACAUGUCAAGAAUGCGUCGGAUGGAGGUGAAGCAUGGCAUAAGAGAAUGACUCUGAAAGUUACGUUUCCAUCAUAUGAAGAGUUUGACAACUUGUACGGUGGGGAUGUCAUAGCCGUUAAAUUAUUCAAUAAUUCAUCAUAUGCAGACGUUGAGGAAGGCACAACAGGAAACUUUUUGUGUAAGUAA